GAGGUCGAUUGAUGCCUUUAAAAUCCACCUGCCCCAGGUCGCUGUGUUCGGAGGGCUGCGGCUGGCGCUGGGCCAAUCCUACACCCUGCGCUGGAGCCUGGCGGGCAACAUCAGCGACAAGUUCGACUGCUACCCCGGGCUGGAUGCGUCCCGGGAGGCCUGCGAGGAGCUGGGCUGCGUCUGGGCCGAGGACACCUCCAACCUCGACGUUCCCUACUGCUACUACAGCAGCGCCGACAAUGGCUACUCCAUCACCGAGCUCAGGUACUCGGCCUCGGGCGCCACUGCCAACCUCACCUUCGACCAGGGCAGCAGGAAAGCCUUCGAGAGGGCAACGCCACCCAUCAGCACCCUGGCCCUGGAGGUGAAGUACCACAGCAACCACCUGCUGCAGUUCAAGAUCUACGACUGGGCCAAGCCUCGCUACGAGGUGCCAGUGCCCCUCAACCUCCCCGCGGCGCCGGAGGGCUCGGACCGGGAGCGCCUCUACGACCUGGUGCUGAGGCGCAAACCCUUCGGCGUCCAGGUGCGGCGCCGGAGCACAGGAACCGUCAUCUGGGACUCGCAGCUGCCGACCUUCACCUUCAGCGACCAGUUCCUGCAGAUCUCCACCCGCCUGCCCUCCCACUUCCUCUACGGCUUCGGGGAGCAGGAGCACAGAUCCUUCCGCCGCGACCUGGCCUGGCACACCUGGGGCAUGUUCACCAGGGACCAGCCCCCUGGGUACAAGCUGAACUCUUAUGGUGUCCACCCCUACUACAUGGCCCUGGAAGAAGAUGGCAACGCUCAUGGGGUCCUCCUGCUCAACAGCAAUGCCAUGGAUGUCACCUUCCAGCCCACCCCAGCCCUGACCUACCGCACUGUGGGGGGCAUCCUGGACUUCUACAUGGUGCUGGGGCCCACGCCUGAGAUGGUGGUGCAGGAGUACACUCAGCUGGUGGGCAGACCUGUCCUGCCCCCGUACUGGGCUCUGGGCUUCCAGCUGUGCCGCUAUGGCUACGCCAACGACAGCGAGAUCGAGGCCCUGGUGGAGGCCAUGAAGGCAGCAGGGAUCCCCCACGAUGUGCAGUACUCAGACAUUGACUACAUGCAGAGGCAGAUGGACUUCACCCUCAGCCCUCGCUUCAGCGGCCUGCCUGCCCUCAUUGAGAAGAUGCAGAGGGAGGGGAUGAGGUUUGUCCUCAUCCUGGACCCAGCCAUAGCUGCUAACGACAGCCACUACCUGGCCUUCGAGCGGGGGCUGCAGGAGGACAUCUUCAUCAAGUGGCCCAACAGCAGCGACAUCGUCUAUGGCAAGGUCUGGCCUGACCUUCCCAACGUGGAAGUCAACAACAGCCUGGACUGGGACACUCAGGUGGAGCUGUACAGAGCCUACGCAGCCUUCCCGGACUUCUUCCGCGGCUCCACGCAGCGGUGGUGGGAGAGGGAGAUCACAGAGGUCUACUCCAACCCCCGCAACGCCUCCCUCAGCAUGAGGUUCGACGGCAUCUGGAUUGACAUGAACGAGCCCUCGAGCUUCGUGAACGGCGCCGUGGGCGGCUGCAGGGACCGGGAGCUGAACUUCCCACCCUACCUCCCUCAGCUGGGCUCUCGCUCCCAGGGGCUGAGCUUCAAGACCCUCUGCAUGGAGGCCGAGCAGCUGCUCCCGGACGGGUCCCCCCUGCGCCACUACGACGUCCACAACCUCUACGGCUGGGCACAGACCAAGCCCACCCUGGACACCCUGCAGAAGCUGACCAAGGAGCGAGGCAUCGUCGUCACCCGCUCCACCUACCCCUCCAGCGGGCGCUGGGCAGGACACUGGCUGGGGGACAACACCGCAGCCUGGGACCAGCUCGACAAGUCCAUCAUUGGCAUGAUGGACUUCAGCCUCUUCGGCAUCUCCUACACUGGAGCAGACAUCUGUGGCUUCUUCGGAGACUCUGAGUACGAGCUCUGUGCUCGCUGGAUGGAGCUGGGAGCCUUCUACCCCUACUCCAGGAACCACAACGGCAACACAGGCAGGCGCCAAGAUCCUGUCUCUUGGAACUCAACCUUCGAGGCCCUCUCCAGGACUGUGCUCAACCUCCGCUACAGCCUCCUGCCCUACCUCUACACGCUGAUGUUCGAGGCCCACGCCCACGGCAGCACCGUGGUCCGGCCCCUGCUCCACGAGUUCGUGGGGGACAGAGAGACCUGGGACAUCUCCCACCAGUUCCUGUGGGGCCCUGCGCUGCUCAUCAGCCCUGCGCUGGAGCAGGGCAUCAGGGAGGUCAACGCCUACUUCCCCCCCGCCCGCUGGUACGACCUGCACACGGACCAAGAUGUUGGCUUCAGAGGAGAGUUCAGGUCGCUGCCAGCUCCCCUGGGCCACAUCAACCUGCACAUCCGUGGGGGCUACAUCCUGGCCCGGCAGGGCCCUGCCAACACCACCUUCUACAGCCGCCAGAACCCCCUGCACCUGACCGUGGCACUCAGUGACUCCCUGCGGGCCCAGGGCAGCCUCUACUGGGACGAUGGAGUCCGCAUCGCUGCCUAUGAGGAUGGUGUCUACCUGCUGACCUCCUUCACCGCCACCCAGAACGCUCUGGAGAUCAGGGUCCUGCACCGUGGCUAUGUGGACCCAAACAACCUGAAGUUCAACCAGGUGAAGGUUCUGGGCGUGGCCUCAGCUGCUGGCAACGUGACAGUGACGCAGGGAGGCCAACAGAUUGCAUCUCCCCACGUCGUGUCCUACGACAGCCAGAAACAGGUCCUGGACGUCACUGGGCUGGAACUGGAGCUGGGCCAGGACUACAAACUGGAGUGGAGCUGAAGCCCUCCUGAGGCUGCUGGGCAGAGGCUGGGAGCUGAGACCCUGCCCAGCCUGCCCUGAGCUUAGUUCUGCUUCCUCCCCCUGCCCCUCCUGCCUCUUGGACCUCGGGAAGCUCUCCAGGCUGCCACUCAGCUGGGCUGGGGCUUGCCACUGAGCUCAGCCUGCCAGGACCUCAGCACUCAUCCAGGCAGAGAGACACAGAAGGGACCUGGAAGCUCAAAGCAGAGACACAGAAGGGACCUGGAAGCUCAAAGCAGACACAGAAGGGUCAUGGAAGCUCAGCCAGUCCCCAACCCUCCUCCUCCUCCACACCUCCCCUGGACCAGGCUGCUCCAGGACCUCAACCCACCUGGCCCUGAGCACCUCCAGAGUGCUUUGGGGGUUUUGUUCCCCACUCGACCUUGCCUUGGAUGUGCCCAGGGGAAGCCCUGGGGGUGGGACAGGGCUGGGCCCAGGUGGAGCUCUGGGUUGGUGUCCUCCUUGCUGCACCCCUGAGGAGCUGCAGAGCUCUGGAACCCCCUGGGCUGCAGGAGAGGAGCUGAGGCUUGGCUGAGUGAUGCUCUGUGAGGUGCUGAGGAGCUCCCAAGGGCUGUCUGCAGGACCUGCACCUUCCCCUGGCACUUGAGGCUCUCCAGAGGCUGAUCUGAAGCUCUGUGGAAUUAAAAUUGCUCUUUCUGGGCUAAGCCUUCCCCUGGGAACCAAAA